AUGGAUGACAUUCAUCAGCCAACUAAUUUUGGUCACUGUACAGUUGAUGAUAAGCGCUUUUCCCUACUGACCAGUGAUAAUCAUACUUUCUUAUGCCAAAAUAACAAUAAUGUGAACGAUAAUAGUGAUAAUAACGAUGAUGAUGAUGAUGAUGAUGAUGAUGAUAAAAAUAAUGAUGGAAGUAACCGUAAUGAUGGUCCUUUUCUGGAGCCAAAAAUACCAGUACGAAGUACAUCAUUGCAUGCGAGUGAAUCAGACGCCUCGAUGGUCAUUCACAGUGAAGAAAUUAUGUUGAAAAUGUUUGAUAACUCCAUGCAGGAUACAUUGCUUUCUCAUUUGAGUACCUUUCGACGAAAUCGUGAACUUUGUGAUGUUGUCCUUUUUGUGCAUGAAAAAGAGAUUCUUGCUCAUAAGAUUGUUCUGGCAGCUUGUUCACCUGCGCUCAUGGAUAUGUUUGUCAGAAGUGAGAACGGAGACCGAUCUUCAAAACGUGUAAGUACAACGAUGUUGUCGACAGCAGGUACCGCUUCACCACCACUGACAACAGCUCUUGCUUUACCGAUAACAACACAGCCAUUUUCUUAUUACGAAUUUGCUGAAGCUGAUUAUGAUUGUUUCGAAGCUAUUGUAAACUACGCAUACUCUUCUCAUUUGGAAAUAAGUAGCAGAAAAGUUGGCGAACUCUAUAAAACUGCCUGUGCUCUGCAAGUAACUCCGAUUGCCAGAGCUUGCGCUCGCUAUCUUAUCGAAAACCUUAAUAUCACGGAUUGCAUCGGGAUUCGACGUCAAGCUAAUAUUAAUGAUGAUGUACUUGUGGAACAAGUUGAUAAUUUCAUUGCUAAAAAUUUUGCACAAAUCGUUGAUGAAAAUCCAGGAUUCACUCAUUUGCCUCUUAUUAAGGUUCGUUUAAUUUUGAGCAGUGAUGAUAUCAAGAAGCUUUGCUGUGGCGAAGAUAUCGCGUUGCGCGUUGUGCAAUACUUCCAGUCAUUGCCUCAUAUUAAUGAUCGCAUCGAACAAUGGAUUGAACAACUUGUGGAAAAGACACAUAUGUUGUACACCGACACAGACUGCAGGUUGCAGGAUUGUUUGGGGAUGGAUGACCGGAGUUCUGUGGGAGCGUCUGACAUAAUCCAGGAUUAUAAGCGUACGGGUGGCUAUUUACCACGCACUUACAGUGGAAGCAAUGUGUUGGAAGUCCAAAAUCCUGCUCAUCAUAUCACAGGUGCUACACAAGUGCAUCUGAAUUCAGCUCGUCUGACCAACACAAAACUAUCGUCAGCGGAAAGUAAUAGUUCAUUGAGCUCAAACGCUGAACCCGAUGAUGAAUCUUACAAACUGAUCGCUGUGCAUCGAACAGCUGGUAAGAAUAAAAAAGACUUUUGGAUCACGCUGGCAGUAUUCCACCGGUGUUUGGUUGCGCUCAGUAUUCAGCUCUCAGAAGCUGAAAAUGUUAUAAAAUCACGUACGACUUCACAAGUUGUUGAACCUUCACCAAUUUUUGAAAUAGAGCAACAACAGGAAAUCGCAGAGGAAACAGUUGUGAGAUUGGUAUCAUCAGAAAGCAGUUCACGUAUCCCACUACCACAUAUGGAGAGUCCGAGAUGUUCCGUUGGAGGUGCAUUCAUCAAUGGGAAAAUUAUUGUUUGUGGUGGUUAUGAUCGUGGCAAGUGUUUGGAGUCAGUGGAAGAAUAUAAUUUAUUGAAGAAAAACUGGCGUCGUUUAGCCGACAUGGCACAAUGCCGAGGUCGUUUCGAUGCAGCUGUUGUGGGAAGCAAAGUUUACGCUGUUGCUGGUAGUAGCGGAAGUGUGGAUUUAAAAACAGUGGAAUGUUACGACUCAGAAAGCGAGAAAUGGUCAUUGGUGAAAUCACUACAUCACGGACGCAGUCAUAAUGCUUUAUUAUUAGCAAUACGCAAGUUUCAUGCUCUUGCUAAUUUCAAAAUAUGUGCGAAGUUGUCGAAUUUAGACAUGAGUGUAAAAUUUCUUAUUCUAUGUUGUGCUGCUCUGGAUGGCUUAAUCUACUGUAUUGGGGGUUGCUGUGAGCAGAUCGUUUUGAGUGAAUGCGAGAGGUAUAAUCCUGAAUUAGAUGAAUGGGCGUCAAUAACGCCACUACGAACAGCACGUUUCCAGGCUAGCUGUACUUCAUGGCAUGGCCUCGUGAUUGUUUGUGGAGGAUGCAAUGGUUGGAAAUGUUUGGACUCAGUUGAUGCCUAUUCUCCGAAGACGGGAAAAUGGCAAAGACUAGCAUCCUUGAAAACAGCUAGACGUGGAUCUGCUGUUGCCGUGGUAAAAGAUUCAUUAUUUGUUAUUGGCGGUCAUGACGGCACGCACUCGUUGAAUUCAGUAGAAAUCUUGGAUGAUCCAACUGGAGAAUGGCGCUCAGGUCCAUCACUUACUAUACCACGUGCUAAUGUCAAAGCUACAGUAGCUUCGGGUGAUGAAAUAUAUCUUUUGGGCGGUUUUGAUGGAACACAAUUUCUUUCUUCUAUUGAAGUGCUCAACAGUGAAUUGCAAGGCUGGCGGAAUUGGCAGUGA